AUGAUCAUACCGAAAGAGCUUAAUCAGGUGCAGUGCCGAAGCUGUCUUCAGGUCUUCUGCUGCGCCAAGUGCCGACAGAAGCACGAAGAUAAGUACCAUCAGGAAGACGCCAUGUUGCGCAAAAUUUGCUACAUCUGCAACGAUAGACCGUUUCCAUUCCGACGGGACACUAAAAUCACUCCGAACAAUUUACUCAUCGUGCACAUAUUAAAGGAACAUCUGCCACUGCAAUGCAAUCGAUGCAGAACAUCUUUUUACUCGGUAAAAGAUUUUCAAAAUGCAAACAAAUGUUUCAUGUUCUGUGACAAUUCCGAAAAAGAAGGUGAGUGUCAUCUGGAACAGAGUCGUUCGGUCGCUUCCGUGCCAUUGCCAACGAUUGACGAUGAAAAUAAAGAAAACAGCCCCAUCGAGCUCCCAUCGGCUGAUCGUGUGGAUGCUGAGGCAAUUCGUGCCCGUAGAAAAAGUAGUCUUAUAACGGGCGAUAUGCAACCGUUUGCCGAGGCGGAAAAUAAGAUUGACGAAGUGGACGAAGCGUUGCUGACACCGUUGACGAAGAUAAAUUUGCGCUGGAAGCGGAAAAGUCGACAAAGCUUCGAAAGCAUGCUGUCCAUGUCGGACAACACGUCGGAGGUGAACGGAUCCGGGAUGCUUCGGAUCGAUGGUGUUGGGGCCGGACCGCGGAAGUUGGUCCGUACCACCUCCACGCCGAUGUACCAGUGGCAGCUGAUGCCACCUGGACUGAAGCAACCGAACGAAUCGUACUCGGCCACGAUGGGUCAGAUGUCGAGCAUCCACUGCAGCAGUAGUGGUAGUGAAACGGACAGUCGCACGGAAGAUCUUGGCGGUUCGCCCCAGAUGGUACCGAACGAGCUGGAAAAGGUGCGGGCAAUUAUUCGCAAUCGCUCGAAAGCGGUCGCCACACCAUUGCGUCAGGUGAUGUCCAAGAGUAUACAGCGCGCCAUCGCACAGCAUACCGGGGUGGGAAGCGUGUACUCGAAGAUGCUGCAACCCGGCACACAGCGUAAGAUGAGCUUCAACUCAACGAUGAGCAGCGGGAUGAACAGUAUGCUUGUGUCGCCAGCAAAAGAUCCACUGGAUCUACGUACCACACCGACCCUGAAGCGUACCGGAAAUCGUACGUCGGUACGAUCGUUUCAAGCCGAACGGAUGGUACGAUCGGGUGAUCCGGGUCGGGAAACGGUUCAGUUGGUGGUAAUGGGUGAACCGGUUGGGACAAAUUCCCUUCCAAAAAAUCCCAACUCAACGGAAGGAUCAGAAUACUACGAAACGAAUGGAUUUGCUGAGCGAGAGAAGCAAGUCAGCGCGCUGGAAGUUCACACCGCCGACAGCUAUCCGGUAACACCGAAAGCGAGCACCGGAACGGCACUGAAGAAAGUGAGUUCAUUCCAAGCACUGCAUGACAUGCAAAAGAAGGAAGAAUCCGGUGCACAAAACGAUACAACCGAGGACAUAUGGGGCACACCUUGUGGAGCUUCCCCGCCGGCCCGCAGCUACAGCUGUUCGGCCGUUGGGCUAGGAGACACGUUUAAAGCAUACGACGCAUCGGUAGAGGAGACAGAGAAUGAAUCCGGCUCGGAUGAUGUGUUUUAUCCGGUACCGGUAAAGGGACGUCCCAACAUACGAGAAGGGAAGGGCUUUCACGAGGGUAAAGAAAAAUCCGACAGAUCAACUGGAAUCACCGGCGGUAGUAAACUGUGGUCGAUCGUUUCGAACGUAAUCCGGCUAGCUUCACGCAGUGACAUCCAGGAAGAACAUGCUACGGUUGAACCGAGAGCGAGUGGUGGUUCCAAUACGCACGGUGGUGGAUUAAUACAGCGUGCUGCCUCAUUUGCGGAUUAUCUGAAGAAUCGGUACACCCGUUCGGAUGGGGGAAUCGGGCGUACUUCGUCCUCCGGUUCGGAGGAGUAUCGUAUUUCGCACGGGAAAAAGCGUCGCCGUGUAGCGUCAACUUACUCGUGUUCGAAUGUUCCGACAAUGAUUGCAACAUCAGCAGUGCCGGGCACGACAAAGAUACUGCACAGUCCGGUUGCGAAACGGAAGCGCAUCCAGAGCAGGCAACCAAUUCAACGGUUGCGCCACACGAGCAGUGAAAGCGCUAGUAGUGGAAAUGGUGCGAGCGGACGAUAUGAAUAG